UUUAUUUAUUUUUAGGGAAAUUAUUCACUAAUUUUUCCGUUGAUUGUUAAAGAUCCUUUCACAUAUUUUUUUUAGGGAUUGCUGUGCUUCUUUCAAGAUUGAAGAAUCCAUCCCUGGUGAGCAUUUAAACUGGGAUGCCUGGAGAACAACCCCUUCCAUCGUGUCUGCAGCUACUUCAGGAUCCCUAACAAAUACCUGUGCCUCAAGGUCAUGCUACAAUUCAAACAUUGUUGUGAAGCUGGACUUGUUCCACUGUCUGCAGCGCUUUUCAAGGGAGUGCACAUCAGAACAUCACCCUCUUUUCAGCACUUUCUGUCAGCUCCUCUCUGCUGCUUUCUCUGUAGUAGAUGAGGAGGAUUUGAAGAAGCUGAAGGAGGCCUAUGUGUCCUGUGGUAUUGUGCCUCCCAAUCCAACAAAACAACACAUCCGGGAGCACUGCAGGACCAAAAUACCACCGCCCACAGAGCUGCUGGACAGAGUGGAGAGAGUCAUGAAGCAUUUUCACCUGGCCAAGGAUCCUAACGACGUCCCUCUGUUCAAGUUCUCUAUGCUGAAGACGUGGCGUAUUCAGCGAGUACAUAUUCUCAGAGGAUGCUUGAGUGACCCUGAGCUGUCUGAGGGAAUAAUGUACAGACAUGGUGGGACGCUUCAGCUCAACCAUGUGCCAGGAGAAGGAGCAAAGGUCCCCAUCUGGAUUCCUGUGCGAGGUACGUCUCAGCAGGAGGGCUACCAUUUCCAUCAGGCUCAGUGGGUAACUGGAAAUGUGGUCUCCACUGAGCUGUUCCAAGCGCAGGGCAUGACAGGAGUUGUGCGAUGGAACUACCAGAGACUGGUGGACCUGAAGCAGCCUGGAGUUGUCCUUCCUGCAGUAUUUGAUCCAGCUUUGAUAGCUGAGUUAAAUACAUCGUCAAAAAGAAUCACUGGCCAGGAAAAGUACCCUGCACUUCACAUCUCAAACAGGGACACUGGAGAAAGAUUUGGACUUGAGUACAAAGAACCAGGGUGUCGGCCAGUACCUCUUGACUGGGACAAGCACAAGUCUUUGAAAAGAGGAGAAGGACCUCAUCCAAAGCUUCCUCUGCCAUCACCCAACACUGAGGAAAUAAAACCUCCAUCUGUAACUGUUCCUCCGCCUGCUGAGGGAUCAGCCUCCCAACCGGCCUCUAGUCCUUCCUCUUGUGAAAUUUUCCAAAUUUCUCCAAAAGAGACUUCACAUCCUCUUCCUCUGAGGUCCUCACCAAGAAGUGCCCGCACUGGACCUGUAAAGACAGGUGGACGUGUCUUUGUGUUAGACCACACACGGUGGACCCCGCAAAUGAAAGAGGCAAUAGAUGGCUUGGCUUGCUUCAGAAACACCAUGGGGAAAAAGACAUCCUGAAAGUGGUAGAUCAGGAGUAUGCUCAGAUUGUUCAUCAGGCUGCCACGGAUCCUAACAGCAUGUUCCAUCCAACUACUAAGCGACACAUCUCUGGGUAUGUGAAACAUGUGGCAAAGCUCCUUAACACCAGUUCUGCAAUGAAUACAAGCCCUGAAAAACUACUGGACACACAGGAACUGUGGCACUCAUUAACUGAGGGCCAGCCAGCUAGUGUUCGUGUGACCACCAUCCAGCCCGAUGUCUUCAACCCACCUGCUCCCGCUUCAGCAACACCAAUUACAGCCGAAUCCCUAGAAAAAAUAGUGGAGGGAAUUUUACAAAAGCAGAGUCAACAAUCAGAGCAGCAGCAGCAGAAGAAGAAACAAACCAAAAGGUGUCUUUCUUGCGGACAGCCUAAGUCUCGUUAUGAGACUUCUGGCUCCUCCGUUCACUUCUUCUUUCAGCAGGGGCCCGUUAGGUACUUUUACUGCUCUAAAAAGGUUUAUGAUACAUACGCUGCAGAUGGACUAUCAAAGCCCAACAUGACCUUUGAGGAGUUCUCCACCACCACUUUUUUCCAAAAGGAACUCCUGGAAACCAAGAAGCGGGUGGAUGAGAGGGCUGAAAAGAAAAGAAAAAGAACAGAACCUCAGCCAACUGGCCGGGUUUGCAGGUUCUGCCACAUGGACCUCAAACAAGGUCCCAACAGCCCACACAUCCACUCUGGGUUCCCUGGUGUGGCAGGGAAAUACAUAUAUUGUCCUGCAAAGGUUCUGUCCAUGUACAAGUCUCAGGGUAUGGCUAAGGAGAUGACUUGGAAGGAAUUCUGCAAAUCACCUUUUUAUGAGGCAGAGCGACAAAGAUGGGUGGCUGAAAAGAAAAAAUAAAUAUUACAUGGUUCUAUUGAGAUGUUUAGGUAUUCUAUUAUUAUUCUAUAUUCCAUAUAUUUAUAUAGAUAAAAAAAAAUCUAAAUAUGCUGUAAAUAUGGCAAGAUUUUAUAUUGUAAAAAGUUGAAUAUGUAAAUAUUUAAACUGUUGUUUGCCUCUGUUAAUACAAAGUAAAUAUAAAUAUGUCAACAAAUGUGCUUCUUUUUUUUUUUUUUUACUAAAUUACACAUGAUGUGAGAUCAAUUUACACUAUGCAUAUAGAAUAUAAUUUAUUGACUGUCAAUGUACAUUUAUACAAGAUUUAAGAUCAGUUCCAAAAUAAUGCAUUGUUUUGGAACUGGUCUUCCAAAACAAGAUCAGUUCCAGAAAUGGAACCAUAUAUUGGUAAUAAACCAAUAUAAAAAAAGGAAACAAAUAAAUAAAUAAAUAACGAAACAAUGUAUAAAUUUGUUUAUACAUUUUU